CGGUAAUGCUCCUAAAAGCUGCUCGUCAACCGCACAAGAAGUCAUCUUUCUGUUGUUGCGGCAGAAGCAAGUAGGACGCAACUGGUCUCAUUUAUAAUAACUUAAUAUUUACACUUUAUGUAAACUAGAUUUGUGACGGUAUAACGUUGCUACAAUGAUCAUCCCAAUCCGGUGCUUCACAUGUGGGAAGAUCGUGGGUAACAAGUGGGAGGCGUACCUGGGCCUUCUUCAAGCCGAAUAUACUGAGGGUGAUGCCCUGGAUGCCCUGGGCCUGAAGAGAUAUUGUUGUCGGAGGAUGCUCCUUUCUCACGUGGAUCUUAUUGAGAAAUUGUUGAAUUAUGCUCCGUUGGAGAAGUGAUGGCAACUGGCUGCCUUCAAAAACAGCAUGGACUUGAUGGGGCUGUGGCAUGGACAGAUUCACGUUAUAUUGAUGCGUCACAAAUGCAGACCACAUUGUUUUCUGGAACAUUAUCCUGCAUGUAUAUGAGAUUUUCCUAAAUAAACGUUAUAAAAUUACAUUGUCACCUAUAUUACUGCCUUAGCAGGACUUGAAGUUGGAAACUACACACUUGUGCUAUGUCUCUGCACUGUGUAUUAAAACAAAGCAGCACCUCAACUCUUGGGUCAGAAUUAACUGCUGGUAUUUUUACAUGAUGUCUGUACUGAUUCUAUUCAUUUUAGACACCCAUUGACAUUUACAAAAAGCAGA